AUAAUGUCGUCUCGAAGGAGAAUGCUUCUUAAAGUCAUCAUCCUCGGCGACAGCGGGGUUGGCAAGACAUCUCUGAUGAACCAGUAUGUGAAUCGUAAGUUUAGCAAUCAGUAUAAGGCAACAAUUGGAGCUGCUUUCUUAACAAAAGAAGUUCAGUUUGAAGAUAGGUUGUUCACAAUGCAGAUAUGGGAUACUGCUGGACAAGAGAGGUUUCAAAGCCUUGGAGUAGCCUUCUACAGGGGAGCUGACUGUUGUGUUCUUGUAUACGAUGUGAACGUCAUGAAAUCAUUUGAGAGUCUCAGCAACUGGCGUGAUGAAUUCUUGAUUCAGGCAAGUCCAUCCGAUCCAGAGAACUUCCCAUUUGUCGUAUUGGGGAACAAAGUAGAUGUUGAUGGCGGCAAUGGUCGAGUGGUCUCUAGAAAGAAAGCAAAGGCAUGGUGUGCCUCUAAGGGAAACAUACCUUACUUUGAGACUUCUGCAAAAGAAGGAACCAAUGUAGAAGCUGCCUUCCAGUGUAUAGCCACAAAUGCUCUCAAGAACGAACCCAACGAAGAAACGUACUUCCCUGAGACGAUCGAUGUUGGUGGUGAUGGACGUCAGCACAGGUCUUACGGAUGUGAAUGCUGA